UUCAAUGGCCCAUGUUGAUGACGCUAUAUGACGCCAAACAAAAUCGACAUCCUGAACAGAAAACAGAAACAACCAUCUGUCCGAUUUUAUGGAGUAAAAUCUUUUACAUAUCGAAAUGAAUUCAAAACGUAAUGUUUCGUGGAUAAAGCCAGCAGAGCCAUCAUUUCUGAAGAAAUUCAAAAGUGAUGUUGGCUACAAGGAAGGACCGACGGUCGACACUAAGCGACAAGAAAUGCCACAGUUCGAUGAUGAUAGUGGCGAUAGUGACCACGAGGACGAGAUGCCGCAAAUUGUUGUCUUGAAGAAAGGAGACCUGAGUGCCGAAGAGGUCCAUCAACUGAAAAAAGACAAGGACCCCACAAAGGAUGACAAGCCUCCCUCAGACGGCAAGAUCGUGUUCAAGAAGCCAGAGAAGCGGUCGUCAUCAGACAAGUACCAGGGUAUUUCCGCCAGCUCCAGCAAGAAGAAGAAGAAACACGAGGAGAAGGAGAAGGAGGAGGAGGAGGAGGAAGGCAAAGGCGAAUCAAAGUCAGGGAUGAAAGUGAAAAACAAAAGUUUGCUGUCUUUCGGUGGCGAUGAUGAUGAUGAGGAAGACUGAACUCUUUACUCUGACUCAGUUGGAUCGGUCGUGUUUUAGACCUAAAAUAAGAACUCUUUCCUUCUCCACCACAGGGUCCUCUUGAUCAACUUAGUUUUUUUUCUACUGUAUGCAUUUCGCAAAGAAAAACUCUUGCAGACUGUCCUCAUUUGCAAUUCAAUGUUGUGAAUGAGGACAAAGUGUGUCGGAGUAUUUCGUUGUAACAUUGGUGUCCUUGUGGAUGUCCCAACACACCUGACCAAGGGAGGUGUGUAAGAAAUCUGAAAAUAUCUACAUGCCAUUGUUUCUUAUUUUUAUUUUUAAAAAAUGUGUUUUAAUAGCUCUAGUCAUCUGGAUGAGUUGUGGACAGCUGAUUUUACUGAAGGCAGCUUUUCAACACACUAAACGUACGUAAAUUAUGUAAUUAUAGAGCCGAUGGAAACACAACUUGAUGUGAGGAAUUUUUACAAUGUUGUUGCAAGUAGCACAGGAAAGGCUCUGCCCAACUCACUGGAUGUACAGCUCCAGGCCACUUUAUUAGAAUAGCAUGAAAAAGUUGAUU